CACGUGUGUCUUUGCAGCAUCCUCCGUUCUGCAUUUCCAGGACUUGAAGUCACCGCCAUGUCCUCUGAAGAAGGGAAGCUCUUCGUGGGAGGGCUCAACUUUAACACCGAUGAGCAAGCGCUGGAAGACCAUUUCAGCAGCUUUGAACCCAUCUCUGAGGUGGUCGUAGUCAAGGACAGGGAGACUCAGCGUUCCCGGGGUUUUGGCUUUAUCACCUUCACCAAUCCCAAACAUGCCUCAGAUGCUAUGCGUGCCAUGAAUGGAGAGUCUCUGGAUGGUCGCCAGAUUCGUGUGGACCACGCAGGCAAUUCUGCCAGGGGAACCCGAGGGGGUGCCUUUGGGGCCCAUGGGCGUGGUCACAGCUACUCCAGAGGUGGUGGGGACCAGAGCUACGGGAGUGGCAGGUACGACAGUCGUCCCGGAGGAUAUGGCUAUGGCUAUGGAAGGUCCAGAGACUACGGUGGCAGCCAGGGUGGUUAUGACCGCUACUCAGGAGGAAAUUACAGAGACAAUUAUGACAACUGAGAUGAGGCAUACACACCUAGGAUACACAAGGAAUAAAACUUCUGAUCCAGGACCAUCCUCUCAAAUGGCUGUAUUUAUAAAGAUUUUUGGAGCUGCACUGAAACAACUGUUUUAGUAUGUCAAAUUACAUUUUUUAAUUGAGCUCCCAAGGUAGCUUGUUAAAGACCUUUUACUUAUGGAAAGCUCCGCAUUUUUAAACAAUUUCUCCCAUUGCAGACUUACAAAUUUUGGGACAUUUUAAGAGUCUGGGUAAUUUUUCUUUUUCUGGCUUGGACUCAGGAUUAUCAGUUCUGGCCAAAAAAAUUGGCCAGAUAAUUUUUAACAAUAAGGUGCAUUUACAGACUUUUAUAAAACUUAUGCAUGAUCCUUAAACUAAGGAAGCAAUUUCCAAAUGUAACUACAAGAAGUCUCUAUCAAGAACAAUUACUUGAGGCUUAUUUUCUCAAGCUCACCACCUACAUAAUAUAAAAAAGUUUCUUAAAAAUAUUUGUGAAUGUCAUUUUUUAAAUACUGGAAGAAAAAUAUUCUGUUGUGUUCAUGUAGCCCUUAAGGUGUCCUUUGAAGAGUUGAUUAAAAAGUUGAAACUUGAAAAUAAAAAAAAA